AUGGAGUUCCGUGCUGUAAAACAGCCGGAGCAACGGAUUGCCCUGACCGGUUGCGUGGCGAUAUCGAAUGCCAAAUUCAGUUCCAACACUGCAUUUAAAGUCAGGAAAGACAGCAAGACGUACUACUUUACCGGCAUGCCGUCCAGUGUCCAGCAGAAUGAGAUGGGCUUCUCUGGCGUGCAGCGCGAAUUCCUCGGCCUGGCCGAAGUGGACAGCGUGACGGCGGAGGAGAUCAGCGCGAGCAAGUUGGCGCAGGUUUACUCGAUCACGCUCGAGAUCGACUUCUACUCGCGCACUGUCACGAAGCAGUCAUUCAAUGCAGAUGACUUCGCAGAUGCCAUCAAGAAUAGCUUCAGCGGCGUUCUCCUCCAAGUCGGCCAUUCCUUCCCCUUCAAGCACAAUCAAUCGCCCUUCUUCAGACUCACCGUCAAGGAGAUCAAAACGCUCACUGCCGACAAGGGCUACAAAUCGUCCAACGACAAACCAGGCCUUCUCAAUCAAAAUUCGUCCAUCAAAUUCCAGAGGAAGGCUGAUUCGACACUGAUACUCACUGGCUCCGCUGUCAGUGCCUCCGCCAAUAUCAUCAAUCCCGAUUUCGACUUCUCUAAAGUCGGCAUUGGCGGUCUCGAUGAUGAGUUCAAAGAGAUCUUCCGACGAGCCUUUGCUUCGCGUAUCUUCCCGCCAGAUAUUGUCGAAAAGAUGGGAGGCAAACACGUGCGCGGUAUUCUUCUUUACGGCCCUCCAGGUUGUGGUAAAACUCUUAUGGCGCGUAAGAUCGGAAAGAUGCUGAGCGCGCGCGAGCCAAAGAUCGUCAACGGCCCCGAAAUCUUGAACAAGUACGUCGGAGAGUCUGAAGCCAACAUCAGAAAGCUAUUUGCCGAAGCAGAAGAGGAAGAGCAACGCUUAGGGCCAAACUCAGGACUGCACAUCAUCAUUUUCGAUGAGCUGGACGCCAUUUGCAAGCAGCGAGGCAAUUCCGCUUCGUCGUCAGGCGUGCACGACACUGUCGUAAAUCAGCUGCUUUCAAAAAUCGAUGGUGUCAACUCGCUUAAUAAUGUACUGAUCAUUGGAAUGACCAAUCGUCCUGAUUUGAUCGAUGAUGCGCUCAAGCGACCCGGUCGACUGGAAGUGCACAAGGAAAUUGGCCUGCCCGAUGAAGGCGGUCGCAAGCAAAUUCUUGAUAUUCAUACGGAAAAGAUGAGGACUAAUCGGCUAAUGGCGCCCGAUGUCGACCUCGAUCUGUUGGCUGCGAAAACGAAGAACUUCUCCGGAGCGGAAAUCGAAGGUCUCGUUCGAGCAGCCCAGUCUUGUGCGUUCAACAGGUGUACCUCCGGUGGAACAAAAGCCGAAAUGGACGACGAAAAGAUCAAGAAUGUGCGUGUCGACAUGAACGACUUCAACUACGCCUUCCAGAACGACAUCAAGCCUGCCUUUGGUGUGAAGGAUCAAGUGCUGCAGCAGUUCUUGGCGAACGGGAUCGUCAACUGGGGCCACACUGAUCGACUUUUAUCCGAUGGCAUGGAUUUGGCGAACACGGCCAAGAAUGGCAAGCGCACGCACUUAGUGACCGCCUUGUUGGAGGGAGCUACGGGUGCGGGCAAAUCCGCUCUCGCCGCAAAAAUAGCCAUGGAUGCUGAAUGCCCUUGCGUCCGGCUUAUCAACCCACAGUCACUCAUUGAUCAUGGCGAAGCUGGCAAAUGUCAAGCUAUCGUGCGCGCUUUCGAGGAAGCCCACAAAUCCUCGCAGUCAGUAGUUGUCGUCGACGACAUCGAACGACUCCUCGAUUACAACCCAAUCGGUCCUCGAUUUUCCAACGCUGUCUGCCAGACGCUCCUUGUCCAACUUCGAGUAAAUCCUCCCAAGGGUCGACGAUGUCUUGUUCUCGCUACAUCCUCAAAUAAGGAAGUUCUUCACAAUAUGGGUCUAUUAGGUUGUUUUGAUAAAAUGCUUCACGUUCCAACGAUGAGAUCGUCCAGUCACGUGGCGCAAGCGCUUCAAGGUCUUGGUGGAGUGUCGGAGAGAGAUAUCUCACAAAUAUCGACGGAUAUUGGCUCGAGAGAGCUUAGUUUGCCUAUCAAAAGAUUAAUUCAUGUGGCUGGUGUUGCUGAAACAACCUGCGGUUCCAAAGGUUUCGCGAAUAAAUUCAUCUCUCUACUGGAAGAAGAUGAUUCACUGGCUGGCGCAGGAUCGAACUUUUCAAGAUCGAACUUUUAA